UCCUUUCAAAUUCAAUAUCAAAAAUCCCUUGAUAUAACCGCCAAAGAAUCUCUCCUAUUUCAUCAAUUGUCCGCUUUCAGGAAAGCUAGAUGUACUCUCUUCGGCUCAUUCCCGUGCGGCAGUCAUCCCUAAGACCGCGAAAUCCCGGGUUGCCGGUUUGAUGUGGACCUUCUUUCUAACCGGGGACUGGGGGGAGAAGGGAGCUCAUAUUAGCAUUUAGCACAUGCAGACUGUACUGUACAACUACAUAUUGAGUCCAUCACCAAAGUUUAACCAACACGUGAAAUUUCCAUCGUGAAUAGAUAUCCCAGCUAACUCCUCGACCUUCUCCCCCCCUUUGAUAGCAUCAAUUGCAUCGUGUCGUCAUUUUCCCACCUCACCAUGGCAUCCAUCACCCCCCGCUUCCUCCGACCCGCCCUCCGCCAACCGACCCCAUGGCAAUGCAGAAACUUCAGCGUCUCUCGCACCGUCGCUGCCGUCCAGGUGAACAAGCUGGGCGUCAUCGGUGCAGGCCAGAUGGGUCUCGGGAUCGCUCUCGUCGCCGCGAAUAAAGCUGGGCUGCCGGUCGUGUUGCUGGAUAACUCGCAGGCAUCGCUGGAUAAGGGAUUGAAGUUUGCGGACAAGUUACUCGAGAAAGACGUCGCGAAGCAGCGGAUCUCCAAGGACGAUGCUGUACAAGUCCGCGGCAGGCUUUCUGCCACCACGAAGAUGGACGAUCUCUCCGACGUGGACUUCGUAAUUGAAGCGGUCCCGGAAAUCCUUGACCUCAAAACUGCCAUCUUCUCCGCCCUCGCCCAAACCUGCAAACCCACCACCAUCCUCGCCACCAACACCUCCUCCAUCUCCAUCACCAAAAUCGCCGCCUCCACCACCACCUCCCCCACCGACCUCUCCGCCCCCUCCCGCGUCAUCUCCACCCACUUCAUGAACCCGGUCCCCAUCCAAAAAGGCGUCGAGAUCAUCACCGGCCUGCAAACUUCCCAGAGCACCAUCGACACCGCCAUCGCCCUCUGCACCCGCAUGGGGAAGAUCCCCUCCCGCAGUGCCGACUCGCCAGGGUUCCUUGCGAACCGCAUCUUGAUGCCUUAUAUCAACGAGGCGAUCAUCUGUUUGGAGACGGGGGUGGGCGGGAAGGAGGACAUCGAUCAGAUCAUGAAGAACGGGACGAAUGUGCCGAUGGGGCCGUUGCAAUUGGCGGAUUUCAUUGGGUUGGAUACGUGUUUGGCCAUCAUGAGGGUGUUGCAUGGGGAGACGGGGGAUAGCAAGUAUCGGCCGGCGGUGUUGUUGGCGAAGAUGGUGGAUGCGGGGUGGUUGGGGAAGAAGAGUGGGAAGGGGUUUUAUGAUUAUUGAGCGAUAGAAAAUCUGUGUUCGAGAUUGUUUGAGAUAUGCUUUGGGGAUAGGAAUAUAUAUCUUGACGUAGUAUUUAGAGAAUGUUGGCUCAUAGACUACCAUAAUGGUGAAUUCAAUACGGCCACCACCACUGUUU